AUGGCUGGCGAAGGGAGCCCUUCCUACGAGCAGUUCUCCCACCUCUACAGUGUCACCAAGUCCAAGUGUGCCGAUCACGGUGGAUGGGUGCAGGCGAACUGCCUCAGGGCUACCGAUCGAGGCCACUUCGUCAGUUGUGUACCGACUUCACAGAAGUCGUGGAGGAAUCGGCGGGUGCUCCUCUCGGGCGAUUGGGAGUCACCUUCGGGAACAGCCCGUCCCGAUUCGCAUUCCACAACCUUCCAAAUGGCCGGUAAGCUGAAGCAGCCGAUCGCAAACGCAGGCCGAGAUGCAGCAAGUGGAGAGGGUGAGGAUGGAGGGGAAGAGUCCCUGCCGAGGAGAGAGGGUAUAUCCGCAGUUCCUCUUCACAGCCAACUUGAUCCGGGCCAGCUGGUCGAUCCUACCGAGAUGACGGAAGACAGGAGAGCUGCCGAGGCCCAGAGGAUAAAAGAGUCCUGCAAGCGCCGCCCAAACCCACUUUCGCAGUGGGAAGACAAAAAGAAAGCCCAGCCCAGCCCGGGGACCCAAGGGGUUCGACAUCGGUGGACCCUGCGGGAAGUGUUGACGCAGAAAAAUGGUUCUGCACUUUCCCGCGCAACUUAG